GGGGAUCACUAUCUUCGUCUCGACCACGACCUGCAUUGCUCAAUGUUCCUGACCUCCCUCUCCCGAUGCCGAGUUGCCUCUAUCAAAAGAGUAGCGCGCUAUAGCACAGUCGCUUCUGAACAUCCUUAUGUAUUCCACAUCGGCGCUGCAUGGAAUGCAAAGCCUAGCGAUCCCUCGCAUAAGCGUCCCCCACCACAAACAGUCCCAUUUGCUCCAGAUAGCCCGAUAGGGAAAUGGCGCGACGAGACCCUCAAAUGGCCACGAUUUGUGCGAACAACGCGGGACGCUGGCGAGGACUUCUUCUGUGUGCAGGCGAUGAAAUGCGACUCGGUAGAGGGAGUGGCUCUCGGAGUAGCGGACGGCGUCGGCGGCUGGGCAGACAGCGGCGUUGACCCCGCGCUGUUCGCGCAGGCCAUGAUGUACCACACCGCGCGAUAUUCGCGAGCAGCAUGGGCGGGCGAGCCCGAGAUUGACCCCACAUUGGACUAUGAGGAGCGAGAAGAGGUCGAGGGAUGGGAGCUCACCCCAUAUGAGUGCAUGGACCUUGCGUAUGGGGGCGUCUUGCGUGAGCGAGGCGUCCUUGGUGGCGCAAGUACUGCCUGCCUCAUUACGCUCAAUGCUGCCUCGGGACUUUUGCGAUCAGCGAAUCUCGGCGACAGCGGGUACGCGGUAGUGCGCUCGAAGAACGUGAUCUAUCACCAAGAGCCACAAACGCACUACUUCAACUGCCCUUUGCAACUUACGAAGGUGCCAGUUGGCGACCGACAUUUCUCUGGCGUCUGCGUCGACAGCCCGCGACACGCUGCCACCCACUCCAUGAAGCUGCGCGAUGGCGACCUCGUCGUGCUUUACACGGACGGCUUCGGCGACAACAUCUUCCUCCGCGAAAUGACCAGCAUCCUCUCGCUGAGCCAGAAGCACGACCUGCCGGACGAGCUGAUGCCCCAGUUCAUGGCGGAUCGACUCGUGGACCGGGCGCAUCAGACGAUGUACUCGGGGCGGGUGACGCCUUUCCAGAAGGAGGCCGCGCGGUAUGGGCAGAAUUUACCCGGAGGGAAGAUUGAUGACGUCACCGUCGUCGUUGCCCUCGUUCGGGAGACAUCAUGAGCUGUCGUAGCGCGAGUGUUAUAGCUAGGUUGACAGCUCGUUAGGUAUGGCUAGAGCCUCUCGGGGGUCAGUCUUAGCUGGAGUGUCGGGAGACACGCUCGCCGAGUUGGUCGGACUACAUCUAAGUUAUAGACGCACAUAUUGCUAUUCGUACAUACAUUCCCUCGCCGUAGAGGCGCAAAAUAUUUACCACGCCGUAUGCGCGAGUGAUAUCAGUGAUAUGACUUGAGCCUAUGUGUCAGGGAAAAAAU